ACCCUAAUUUAAGCAAACCCCCAGCAUACAUAAACUGACCGAUUAUAGCUAAUUCACGGAAAAGCUCAAUUUCUCAGCAACAGCACAAGAUGGAGACAUUCUGACAUAAAUCAAUUUUAAGGAAUUUCAAAUUGGCAUCGAAGCAAUAGCUUACAAAGUCUAUACUGUAGAGCUGAUUAGAGAAGCUGUGCGCGUUUGAGCCAGAAUGACCAAAGCCUAAUUACGCUAAAUAUUCAGAACUUUGUCUCUCAUCUUAAUGCUUUUAUCAAAUCAGAUGGUCUGGUGAAAACUGUCAAUUUUUUAAACCACGCACCUGUGUGGUUUUUACGUGUGAAGUUAAACGUGUUACUGACCCUGUGACACUUGAAAAUUUCCACAUAAAAUUGUCUUCAGCAGUGGGUUUUAAGUGCGAGUUUAAACCGAUGUAUUCCUGACCCUGUGACUCCACAGUAGCUCCACAAGAGCACGAAAUGUUGCGUCUAGCCGCAACAUUCAAGUUCAGACGGUCUAAAUUUCUCUGUUAUUAGUCUGCAUAACAUGGGCGGUCACUUUUCUGUCUAUAUAAACACUAGCAGAGCACACCUCUUGAGAUUAAUGACCGGAGUGCGCACAUGAUCAUGCGCAGCGCACAUGUCUGAGCAGCACAGAGAUGGAGUUCAGAGAACUGGGAGCGGAUGAGGGCUCUGAGGGAGAUACGGAGGAUCUGGAUAGUGUCAAAGCCCUGACCGAGAAACUCAAACUCCAGACACGCAGACCGUCCUACCUGGAGUGGAAGGAGCGACUGCAGUCUCAGCCGUGGACUGAUGGAGCUGCGCACGGUUCAAAUGUCGGCAGCCCGGGCUCUGUGGAGAAGGACAGCCAAAUGUCAGACAUCUGGAAAGAUGGCAUGCCUUAUAAGAACAUAUGUGGAUUUGACACUAUAGACGACGCGUUAGAGUGGCUCAGAAGCGAACUGAGGGAGAUGCAGAUGCAGGAUAACCGUCUGGCGCGCCAGUUGAUCCGCUUACGAGUGGAGAUCCACAGGCUUAAGGUGGAGCAGGUGUGCCACCGCCACAAAGAGAUGCUGGAUGACGCCACGUAUGAGCUGGAGGAGUGUGAGGAAGACUCAGACCUACUGUGUGACAUCCCCAUGAAAGCCGCCUUCACUCUUUCCACACCUCUCAAACAUCUGGGUCUCACCAAGAUGAACCUCAACUCCAGACGAUUCUCACUCUGUUGAAAGAUGAGGUUAUGAGAGACUCAACUGAGUACACAACUUUUUAUGCAGUGCAGACACUGGAAGCCAAUUUUGGUGUUAAAUUAGACUAUUUUAAACAAUAUCAUGGUAACAUUUUUCAAUAAGGUCCCAUUAGUUAUGUAUUAUAGGGAUAGUUCACCCAAAAAUGAAAAUCUCCUCACCAUUUAGACACACUUGAUUGGUUCUAAACUUUCAUGACUAUCUUUCUUUUAAAACAAGAAUGGGUGAAUUAUACCUUUAUCUACAUUGAACAGCAUUAAGGGUGAAAUGCUAAAAAGUAAAAUAAAAUUGUCCAACUGAUGUAGAAGUAGUACACUUUCAAAUGUCCCUACAACAUGAUUUAAGUUAUACGAUCUUUAGGUAAGAUUGCAAUACAUGAAGUUACAUUUUUUAGGCUUAUCUGACUCAUAUAACAUGCCUUAUAACAGGAAUUGUCUAAAUGAUUAAGAUAUCCAAAUUACAAAUUAUUACUGAUAUUAUCAUCGUAUUAUAAUCAUGCCGUAAUGCAAACUACUAAGUUUUGUCUUAAAUUUAGCUGAUUUGAAUUUAACCUUUUGAAAAUCUGAAAUAUUAGGCAUAUAAGAGUGAUUCGUGCAUAUCUACUAGUGCACAUUAAUUAGUUCUGACUAGAAUUACACCUACAGUUUCCUUCAGAUUUUUGUCACUCAUCCCUAGUUGCAGUGUUUAUUAAUCUUUGUUAGUUUACUAUUCAUAGUUUAUGUCUAUAACUCUUAAAAAAUAAUUUAUUGGCAUUGAAACAUUUUUUUAUAUAUAUUAAAUUGUUUUUUUUACACUGGGAAGAAUGGUUCGCUUCACUAAAAAGUUCUUUGUGGAACAAAAAAAAAAGCAGUUCUACACAGUAAAAGAUAUCUGUUAACUAACAGUUUCCAUAUUUUGUGAUUUACAAGUGUUUUCUGUUUGUUUACAGUUGUGAAUUGCAUUAUGGGACCUUCAUUUCUGCUCUGUCCACUUUUGAUGUGGAAAGUCCAACUCUGCAGUUUAACAAAGUUACCUUUACAGUUAAAUUAUAAGAAAUAAUACAUAGAGAAAUAAGUCUGUAAAAUUACUGAAAAUGUACUGGCAGUUUAUUACAAGGUUUUUGUACUGUAAUAUACAACCAACACAUACAAUUUAUGAUUUGAAACUAUUAAAAAUGUUAAUGAAAGUCCCUUUUUCGAACUUUUUAGGGUUAAAAGUUGUUGGAUGAAAUAUUAAGGUCUCAUAAUGCGAUUUAAAAGUAUAAAUAUAUGGGGGAAAAUGAAAACAUGACACAAAAUACUGCUAAAAUACUGGAUAUUUUUUGACAGUUUAUAUAAUUGCUGUGAAAAAAACUUUUGGUUUUUCUUGGCACCGUUAGGGUACAUUAAUAAUGUAUUAUUGUGUUUCAAUUACAGUUUUUCUCAGUCGCUUUGGUGCAUUUCUCAGAUCAGAAUUGAAAUUUGCAAACAGUAAGUGCAUUUCUCAAAACAGCGCUUACAAAUAGGAAAACACCAUGGAUUAGCUGCGAAAGCCAGUCUCUUGCUCAAUAAUGUGAAGAUUGAACAAGUAGUUUUGAGAAUUUUAAUUCUGAUCUGAGAAAUGGACCAAAGCGAUUGAGGAAAAACUGUAACAUUGACUAAGAUGAAUGUUUUAGGCAUAUUUUUUGUUAUAGUUCACGUUAACCGAUAACUAAAAAACCUUAUUGUUAAGUGUUACCAAAUUCACUGAGCCUUACUGACUAGACAACAGGUGAUCAUAAGAGGAAACCAGCACUACAGCAGCAGUCCUUGAUCUGCUGUACAACGAUAAAAGCACUAGUGUAAGUCGAUUUGCCUCAGCUCAGUGUUUGAAAACAUUCUUUAAUUAAAUUUAACAACAUCUGAAGUGACCCGAGAAUCAGGAGGAACCUGCUUCUGUGUGUGUGAAUAGGUGUGUGAUCAACACAUAUCAGAGAAGGAAACACUGUGUCCUGUCAGGUUGGCUUCGCUCCCGAGCAGCAGCUUCGCAGGAAGUGUGAGUCUGUAUUCAGGCAUUUUAUCACCUUGUCACCUAAACCCUAAAAAUAACCAAGAGCUGCAUCAAAUGAAAGGCCAAACUCAGCUUCUGUUCUGCAUGAUGUGUCUAAAGUUGAGGGUACGUUUAUUGGUUGAUGUUUGAGAAACUUUCAUUUACACAGUAAGGUCAGUAGGUUUAUAUGAUUUUAUAGUGUCGUUUGUACUUCCAUAGAAUCAAUUGAAGUUUGAUUUACGUUAUUACAUGGCAUUGGAGAUGUGGCACUGUGUUUGUGCUGUAUAUAUUUUGUACAAACCUAAAGAAAAAAAAGCUACCUGAUAAAAUAAAAACAUAACAAAGAGGAUCUUUAUAUUUUAGUAAAUAUAGUAUAUUUAGUAUAUAUAUACACACACACAUAAAUAUACACAGUGUUGGGGGUAACACAUUACAAGUAACGUGAGUUACGUAAUAAUAUUACUUUAAUUAAUGAGCAGAGUAACAAAUUACUUAAAAAAAUAAAGAAAUAAUACUUGAGUUACUUUUUUGGAAAUGUAACGAGAGUUACUUUUUAUUUGAACUAAUUAGCUUUUAUACUAUAAAUUGCUGAAUUAAAAUUAAAGUAGUCACAACGAAUCAAGCAGUCAUGAGAGAAUGCGUUCAUUAUUUUGAACGCUUCGAAGAAAAUGAAAAGGGUAUUAUAGUCUCAAUGAACAGUGAUUUUACUUAAGACAAAUAGUACAAACGUAACAAACACAUUGCAUUAAACUUUCAAUAAUCGCUAUAUACGGCAUAAAUAUCUCUGGGGUCAGGACAUCUCACAUAAAAUUAUCCUACAAUAUAUUUUUGAUGUGUUUUUUUAAGAUAAAUGUAGGUGUAGGUUAUAAAGUGUAUUGGUACACUGCAGUGCUCCUCUAUUUAAAAAACAAGUUCUGAAAGAGAUCAAGCCUCGGCCAGGUAGUAAAACGCAAAAGCAACUCAAAAAUAACGUAACACAUUACUUACAAUAAAAAAGUAACGCAACUAGAUACUUUUUUGGAGAGUAACUCAAUAUUUUAAUGCAUUACUUUCAAAAUGAACUUUUCCCAACACUGUAUAAACAUAUAUAUGUGUGUGUGUAUGUGUGAUAGUACGUGAAAAAAAUGAAAGAAAAGCCUAUUAUAUUGUUAAAAAAUGAAGGAUAAUGGGCCAAUAAACACUGGAGUAAUGACCAUCACAGGAAUAAAUAAGGUUUUAAAAUAUAAAAAAAUAGAAAUUGAAUAAAAACAGCUGAUAUUUCUUUAUAUUUCCCUGUUUUAUUAAGUAUGACUAAAAUAAGUACUGUAUUUUUGAUUAAAUACUUGCAGCUUUGGUGAGCAGAAGUUUUUUUCUUCAAAUCAUUGAAAAUAACGUACAGAUUCUGUACUUCUGAAUGCUCGUGUACUGUAUAUAUUUUUUGAUUAAUCCAAUGUUUGAUGAACAGAUGUUUAAUACAUUAAACAUGCUUUUCCUUCCAAUCAUCCUUGCUUAAUGAAACUGAAAACAAUGACUGACUUUUUAAAUAACAGGGCUAAAAACAAUUGCCUUAAAAAGCUAAAGAAUGAAUAAAGAUGCCUUAAAGCUCAUUUGAAGGGAUAUGAUGAUGGAGAUUGUAACUUAAAAGAUUUAAUUUCUAUAAUGAAAUUGUAUAAUCCUUUGGAACAUCACUGUUGCUUUCAAUGUUGAAAUAAAUUCUAUAUUUGUAAAUACCCA